CCCCUAUUAAAUACUAUUAACUGCGCUUACUUUCCAGUGGGUAUUGGUUAAUCAUUACAUUAUCAUAUUUAUAUUUUUUGCUCUUUCUCUCUCAUCGCCGAUCAUCGGAAUAUUCCGCUCUCCGCCGCAAUCUGACCCACAUAAACACCCCACCACACACACCCCUAAACCCACUUUCUACAACAACCCUAAUCUACCCUUUUUGUACUCUCAAUUUCUUCGUAUAAAUAAGUGUGUAUUCUUGUCUUCCUGUACUUUCUCUUCAGAGGUGUACCAAACUGGGUUUUGUUGAUUCGCUUCAGAUCUGAAUCGGACUCGACGAUCGAGCUAGGUUUUUCGCGAUCGGGUCGUGGUUCAAUCCUCUGUUCGGUUCGAAUCUCAACUUGUGGCAUGUUUGUGUAUUGCAGUUUGAUUUCAGUGAUUAAGAACAUUGGGGUUUGAAUGGCUUUCCUUUUGAAAUUUUGAUACUCAAGUCUCGAAAUUUCGGAUUUUUCCAUGGAACCAAACAAAGAGGAGGCUCUUAGAGCUAAAGAUUAUGCCGAGAAACGAUUUUUGGAGAAAGACUUCACGGGUGCAAGGAAUUAUGCUAUAAAGGCUCAAAUGCUUUACCCGGAACUAGAGGGGAUAUCUCAAAUGGUUGCUACAUUUGAAGUGUAUGUUGCUUCUGAGGUUAAGAUUAAUGGAGAAACUGAUUUCUAUUCGAUUCUAAAAUUGGAGCCAUCAGCGGGUAAGGUUAAGUUGAAGAAACAGUAUAGGAAGAUGGCUGUUUUGCUUCACCCUGAUAAGAACAAAACUGUGGGAGCCGAUGGGGCUUUCAAACUCGUCUCUGAAGCGUGGACUCUGUUGUCUGAUAGAAGUAAGCGAAGCUCUUACGAUCACAGGAGAAACAAACAAGUGUCCUAUGGGGUUGUCCAGAAAAAUGUAUCUUCAGUUCACACCAGUGGAGCUGCAGGUUUUGACAACUGUUCCCAGUCUUCAGUCCCACACGGGCUCGACACUUUCUGGACUGUCUGCACAUCCUGUCAAGUUCAAUACGAGUAUCUACGGAAGUACUUGAAUAAGAAACUUUCCUGUAAGAACUGCCGUGGUGUUUUCAUUGCUGUGGAAACAGGAACAGCCCCAGUAAAUGGUUCGUUCCCUUAUUGUCCUUCUUGGUCAUAUAUGCCUGAUAAUGGGUAUGGAAGUCAUGGAUAUAAUGGGGUUACGUAUGUCCCAACCAAUGGCGUAUAUUUUACAGGAAAUGGGGCCUCGGGAUUUCAUUCUGGACAUGGAUCUGAGUAUGUUUCUAAUGUUUCAUUUCAGUGGAGCUCAUACCCCGGAGCUUCUACUGGAGUUGUGGAUCGUAAUGGGUUAACGGCUAAAUCUGCCAAUGUUAUGCAAAAGGCCGAUGCGAACAGUAAUACGACAAGAUCCAAUGGAAAGCAUCACAUAAAACAUACUGCAGCUGAUGUGUGUUCCAACGUGUUAACUGGCACUAAUGAACCUUUGGCCUCCACGGCCAGCAGGCCCAAUAAGAAAAGCAAGGUUGAUGUGGGAGGUGCUUCAAGAAAUGGGAUUGAAGUAUUGGGUUCAAAAACUGCUUCAGUGGUUAAUGGAAAUGGAAACACCAAACCUAGUUUGAAACUUACCACUCCAAGUGAGACUCCAAGUAGACGUUGCUCAGCUGCCCCUGCAUUUGAUGCAAGAAAGUUAUUAAUGGACAAAGCAAGAACAGAAAUACGUAAAAAAUUGGAAGAACUGAGGGUUGCAGCUGAAGCUGCUACAGCUGCAGCUGCUACUGCUAGUGAGUUGAGUGCUAAGGCACAUGAUGAAGUUGGUGAUUUGCCCCUCUCUAUUCCUCUAUCAGAGCUGAAGAUAACUGAGCCAAUGUCAAUUACAGUCCCCGACUCGGACUUCCAUGAUUUUGACAAGGAUAGAUCAGAGGAAUGCUUCAAGCCAAAGCAAAUAUGGGCUCUAUAUGAUGAAGAAGAUGGUAUGCCUCGAUUGUACUGUCUAAUCCGUGAGGUCAUCUCAGUUAAACCAUUUAAAAUUCACAUCAGUUACUUAAACUCGAAAACUGACAGCGAAUUUGGGUCUGUAAAUUGGGUGAAUUUUGGGUUUACAAAAUCCUGUGGAAAUUUCAGGGCAGGGAACUCUGACAUUGUUGAACAAGUCAAUAUCUUCUCUCAUCUUCUGAGUAGGGAAAAGGCUGGGCGGGGAGGUUGUAUUAGAAUCUACCCUAGAAGCGGAGACAUUUGGGCUGUAUAUCGAAAUUGGUCACCGGAUUGGGACAGAUCAACCCCAGACGAAUUGAGGCACCAGUAUGAGAUGGUAGAAGUUCUUGACGAUUACUCUGAAAAUCUUGGAGUCUGUGUCACUCCCCUGAUUAAGCUAGAUGGAUUCAAAACGGUCUAUCAGAGGAACAAGAACAAGGAUGCGAUUCGGUGGAUUCCAAGGAAAGAGAUGCUACGGUUUUCGCAUCAGGUACCCUAUUGGUUGCUUAAAAAAGGGGAAAGUGACAACGUGCUAGAUGGGUGCUGGGAUUUGGACCCUGCUGCAACUCCAGAUGAGCUUCUUCAGGUUUGUUAGAAAACUAAAAGUAGUGUGGGAGGCCCAUUUAUAAUUGUUAUCUGACAGUCUUGAGAUUCAAAAUGUACAGAUUUAAAAACACGUAGUCCAGGGUCGAAUUCUCAUAGAAUUUAGAUGGGAGGAUCACAAGAUGAUCCGCGGCAAAGUACCCGGUUUGUUUUAGAGGUUUCCGCUUUGAUUCAGUAACUUGUACUUGGUGACCCUGAUCUAUUGACUGCUUGUUUACUGAAAUUGAUAGUGGCUUCUUUCCUAACUUUUAUGAUGGACCACUGCAUCUACUACUUAGUCAAAAAUGUUGAUCAAAACCCUCAUCCGACUUUCGAGAGCGACUAAGCCCCUUGAGCUCUUCUCUCAAAAAAGAAGCUGUGUGAGCAAGUUGAUCAAAGUCCGAGCGAGGAGAAUGUUUACAGCUGCUGUAGUACAAGUUUUCAUUUCUUGUUUGAUUUGUUGUUUUACAAUUAUGUACUUGCUCUUGGCUUGCUCUGAACCAGGAUGGUCAAGUCAGUCAUGAGUCAUGACAUAAACUCUUCACAAUAGAAUCCCAAAAGAAUACCUGCUAAUGAUUCCUUUCUUUAGUUGGACCUUUAGAUGUUUAAAGUUGUGUACUUUUCAUGUCA